AUGCGAAUUGUUUUGUAUCUUGUCUUCUUCGCAAUUUCCCGAUCGCUUGUGAUCAAAGCCCCAUUCACAAAUGCUCCGAUCAAAACAAAAGGUGCUGCACAAAUCACGGGGAGUAAAAUUGAGUUAACACAAGACAACCCCUCUCAGAGAGGAUUAGUGUAUGUCACCCGUCGAGUCAUCUCAGACUUUUUCAAUGUGACUUUUUCGUUCCAGUCGAUGUCUCCAACGAGUGCGCGUCAUGGUGAUGGAUUUGGAUUUUGGUUAACACAAGAAAAUCCGCAAAUGGGAGAGGCGUUAGGUUUUCAAGAUCACUGGAAUGGGCUUGGCGUCUUAAUAGACACCUACCAAAAUUCCAAUGUAGAGAUUCCGACAAUCCAAUUAGUGGUGAAUGACGGGAAACAAAAGUACUCAGUGGAGAGAGACGGAGUUAAUUUAUUCAAACGAGGAUGCUCCCCAAGUAUUCGAAGAGACAUCCCACAGGAACUUGCUAUAUGUUACUCAGACGGGGAAAUUAAAGUGUUUUUCAAUGACAAGAUAUGCACUGAAUUUACAUACAAAUUACCACGAGGAGUUGUUGUCAGUGCAAGUGCGUUAUGUGGCGAGUUGUCUGAUUUACACGCGAUAUUAGAAAUAGAUGUGCACGACACAACAAGGUCCGCAACACACUCGAUCAGCUCGCAACUGACUUCCGACAAAAUCGAGAAGAUCAAACGAAGUUUCACGGCGUUAGAACUCGACGGGAAUAAGGCGGAUAAUCUUAAAACAAUUUAUGGAGCAUUAACAGAGGCAGACAAGUCACUAGAAACUACUCAAACCUUUGUGAAUACUCGAAAGACCAAAUUGGAUGAAAUAUUAGCCGGACUCAGUGGCGCAUCAAAGAGUGGGUUACCCACAAAUGAAAUUCAUUCGUUUAUCGACCAAACGACUGACCAACUUUCACUGUUGUUGAACACCAUUUUCGACUCACAAGAAGCUAUCCAGAAUAUGUCGUUUGUUGUGAUGAGGCAAAACGACGGAAAUUCUUAUGUUGUUGGGCAACUUGUGUUCUUCGAUUACUUAGUCAUGUUUAAUGGAGUCGCACUACUGGCGUUGCUUCUUUACUAUAUUUUCAAGGUGCACAAGAAACAAGUCCAGUUGUUUUAA